AUGCUUCCAUAUCGUCUUGAUACUCAAGUUCUCUCUUUAGUCUGCCUAAGAACUCUGGAUCCCAGAUUCUCCAGGGAGCUAUGUACUAGUGCGAGAGCACCGGAUGGAGUGGGUUGUUGUGAAGACGAUGCUGUCCGGAAAGCUUGUUUGACAUCGCCAACGCCUGAUCCAAUGGAAGACCCGAAAUUACUAAGGAGAAGGCCAAUGAGCAGCUCGGCUUAUCUCGAAACAGGUUUGAUGCUACGACAAAGGCACGCGUUUGCGGUUUGA